CGGGCCGUCCGAGUCUUGGGUCCCAGCCAUCUCCUCCUUCCCGACGUGGUUUUGCUUUCCCUUCCCAAACGCGGGAGCGGUGCCUUUCUCCCGGGAGCACCCGCGGGCGCUCUCGGCCGCGGUGUGAGCGCGGGUCCCGCGCCUCGCUGACCGCUGAGUGCUUCUGUUCUGUGUCCCGCUCCCUCUCCCGUCCCGUCAUUCCCGGUAAAUCCUUUCCCGCUCCCAUCGCGGGGUCCGCGCUGUCCCCGCACCCGCGCCGUGCGCGCGCUGCCUUAAAGCGGCGAUGCCGCCGCCUCAUCGCGGCCGCCCCCGGCGCGGUCGCGGCCCGUUUUAAGCGCCGGGGGGCGGUCCCCACCGGUACGGCCAUGCUGCGGGCGCGCUGGGCGCUGCCCUUCGCGGUGGGCGCGGGGCUGGGGGCGGCCCUGGCCCCCCGGCACCGCCGGGAUUCCCCGGACCCGCGGGGCGAGGCGGCCGAAGGGCUGCUGGCCCGGCUGCCCGUGCUGCCCGCCGUGGCCGCGGCCGCGGCCGACCUGCCGGCCCCGCCGGGCUCGGGGCGCACCGAGCUCAGCAAGUACGGGCUGCCCGGGCUGGCGCAGCUGCGGAGCCGCGAGUCCUACGUGCUGUGCUACGACCCGCGGAGCCGCAGCGCGCUCUGGGUCAUCGAGCAGCUCAACCGGGACACGCUGAGCGGCGCCUCGGACCGCGCCGCCUGCGACUUCCAGGAGGACGACUCGGUGCACGAGUAUCACCGCGCCACCAACGCCGACUACCGCGGCAGCGGCUUCGACCGCGGGCACCUGGCGGCGGCCGCCAACCACAAGUGGAGCCAGAAGGCCAUGCGGGACACGUUCUACCUGAGCAACAUCGCCCCGCAGAAUCCUCACUUAAACCAGAAUGCCUGGAAUAACCUUGAGAAGUACUGCAGGAGCUUGGCAAGGCACAACAGGAACGUCUAUGUCUGCACAGGACCCCUCUUCCUGCCCAGGGCGGAGGCUGAUGGGAAGGUGUAUGUCAAGUACCAGGUGAUUGGGAAGAACAACGUGGCCGUCCCCACCCACUUCUUCAAGGUGCUCAUCUUGGAAAAGGAGAGUGGGGAGAUCGAGCUGCGCUCGUACGUGAUGCCCAACAGCCCCGUGGAUGAGAAAAUCCCCCUGGAACGGUUCCUGGUCCCCAUCGAGAGCAUCGAGAGAGCCUCGGGGCUGCUCUUUGUCCCAAACAUCCUGAGGAGAACAAGUAACUUGAAAGCCAUCACAGCUGGGAGCAAAAGUUGAACCCUGACUAAGCAAAUCCAGGUAUCCCCUGGGAAGGGACUGACAGCAGUGACCCACAGAAUCAUAGUUCCUUGUGCAAUUUUAAAUGUGGGAAGAAUCAAACUAAUGCUUCUUUCUACCCCUUCCCCUCUUUUGUGUGACAGUGAA